AUGACCAUGCCUACUUUAAUGUCCAAUACAAAUAUUGAACAACUAGUUCAAUUAAUUGACCAAUUUAUGGAAGAUCUGGAUGCCCCUUUAGAACCGUUGAUAAAACUGUUUAGAAUAUCAUGCAAUAAAAUAGGUUACCCAAUAAUAAAAAAUUCGUUGGAUUCAAUAGCGAUCAAGAAAAUUAAUGAAUAUUUGAAUAUUUCUCCAACUGUAUGUUGUUAUACCAAUGUUUUCCAAUCCUUACCACGAACAACUAAGAGACGUAAACCUCCUAAAAAUACAGGAUGGAUGUUAUAUAAUCACCAAGAUAACCAAAGUAAAACAGGAUCGUUACCCAACUUUGAAAACAAAAACUCAACACAAGGAAGUUAUUUAUCUAGUUUAUUCUCAGUCAAUACACCCAAUGGGAAUACGGAAAGGACAACCAUUCAUGAAUCUGAACAAAACUCUGUCCACAUGUCACACAAACCACAGAUGGAUAAGAACGAAAAAUAUAAAGUUCUUAGAAUAUUAUACCAUUCUAAAAACGAGGAGUCAACUAUAAAGAAAGAAUUAACAGCACUUACUAAAAAACAUAAAUUCAGAAGAUGGAAAAAUAAAUAUAUAAAAAUGUAG